AAUGAUUGCGGUUUUCAUGAAGUUAAAGAUGAAAAAGAUGAAGGUCUUUUACAUCCUGAUGAUUUGGAAUACUUCCACCAAACGUAUAAUGUUACUGGGCUUCGCCCAGUGUUUGUGGACCAUUCCGGAUAUGCGAUGUUGAUUUUAGAUAAUCGUGGCUCUAUGUUUAUAUGGGACGAGAUGGCACGUAACUUUGAUUAUUUGGGAAACAGUUUGAGAGAAGUUCACCGGUGA